UCUUUCUUUCAAAGGUACGUAAUGAUUGCCCACCAUGGUUCAUACGGAAAAAUAUACCGGAAACAUUGGAUUGCGGUCAUGAUUAUCUUCUGUUGGGCAUUCUCAUACGGCAUGCAGUUACCUACUCUUUUAGGGGUAUGGGGAAAGUUUGAUUACGAUCAAAAGCUGGAAACGUGUUCGAUUAUGAUCGAUAGCCAUGGGCGCAGCAGUAAAACCACAUUGUUUAUCACAGCUUUUAUAAUACCCGGUAUGGUCAUAAUCGCUUGUUACACCAAAAUAUUCUGGGUUGUACGCCAAUCAGAGUUGCGACUGAAAAGGCAUGCGAAUCAGCAAAAUUCUAUUCCGAAUAAUUUACGACCUACGCAAACGCCUUCGGGCACCAUUGUUGGAAGUGAACAAAAUCGAAUAUCGUCUACUUUUGCUUCGGACAGCAGCUCUUCCACUGAAAUCAAACAGGAUAUUAUGCAAAAGCCUUCUCGCAUCAAGGAUCAAAGAGAGAUGAGAGCUAAACGAAAUGAAUGGCGCAUAACAAAAAUGGUGCUAGCCAUAUUUUUGUCAUUUGUAAUUUGCUAUCUUCCUAUAACAAUCGCCAAAGUAGCCGACAAAGACGUAGACCAUCCUAAUUUCCAUAUUUUCAGUUACAUAAUGCUUUACCUAUCGGCCUGUAUAAAUCCAAUAAUCUAUGUUAUUAUGAAUAAACAAUACAGAAAGGCUUACAAGACGGUAAUUAUGUGCAAACCAUCAAAGCUAUUGCCCUUUACAAAAGGAACUUCCGGAGGAAGCAGUGCUGCAGAGAAAUGGAAAGAUACCGCAUUGAGCAACAACCACAGUCAUACAGUGGUGUCGCAAAUGUCAGCGGGAGAGCAGCAAAACUACAGCCCGAGCAGUAUACACCAACAGCAGUGCAGUUCCAUGGAAUUAGCAAACAAAUUGCCAACACAGGGCCUCAAGGAAAGUGUGAAUGCUGUGGAGGAGGAGAGCAAAAGCUCCAAAAGCAACCAACAUGUGCCACCACCGCCGGCACACAUGUCGCCAGUAUUCUCAUUAGCCAGCCAUUCGUCUCUUUUCAUGCAGAGAGCGCCAAGCAAGGAGCUGAAUCGGAUAGCUUUAGUCGGGGGCGACAUAAUUCUCGAGGAAGAGGAAGAAGUAGCAACGCCAACUCAACUGGAGCCAUCAACCUCCACAGAAGUAAUAACGACUGUGAAAGAGGUCGUUGCCCUGAAGAAAGCCCCAUACUAUGGGCAAAACAUAAAUGCCAUUCCAGAUAAUGAUGUUAAGCUUAUAGCUAAGCCAAAGAUCUAAAAGACUUUUUCACUUGCUUUAAUUCUGUUAAACUUUCUAGAAACUAGUUAUCGAAAAAAAUUUAGAAAAAGGUUUUUCUUAACAGCGGUCGUCCCUCGGCAGGCAAUGAAAAACCUCCGAGUGUAUUUCUGCCAUGAAAAACAGCUUCUCAUAACAAUACAAUCGCCGUUCGGAGUCGGCGUAAAACUGUAGGUCCCUCCGCUUUGUGUGACAAUAUCAAGGCGCACGCCACAAGUUGGAGGAGAAGUUCGGCCAAACACUAACAUAUGUGUAAGCGCCAAUCUAUUAUUAUUAUUAUUAUUAGUUAUACUAAAACAAGUAGAAUAAGUAAGAACACAUAAAAAAUUAAAAUAAGCGGGAAAUUUUGCACAAAGAAUGCGAUAUAUCGAAAUAUUAUUUUUACAAAGAUUAUGUUUUACUUAAAUAUAGUACAUAUGUAUGUAUUUUGCAUACGAAGGCAAAUAAAUGCCACUCGGCUCUUGGCACUUUCAAUGAGA